AUGCUGGCUGCUACUGCCCUCGCGUCAGUCGCUGCUCUUCUAGUGGCCUCGAUCCCGAGCGCCGAUGCCCACGGCUACAUGCUCAUCCCCGAGUCGCAGUUCAAGGGCUCUGCUACCUCGGCCUGGAUCGUGCAGAUCGACCCGGUCUGGACGAGCAACGACUGGGAUGGCAACAACGCUGGAAGCGUGGACGCGUUUAAGGCUCUGAAGACGGCCAACAACUUCAAGGACCUCAAGACCCUCAUGGACGACACUUCGGUGUACGGCGCUGACUGCGGUUUCACGGACCCGAACGGCACGCCGCAGCCCAUUCCGACGGACGGCAAGGCCACUUUCUCGCGUGCUAUUGUUCACGUGGGUCCGUGUGAGAUCUGGCUGGACGACAAGAAGGUGCUGUACGAGGAUGAUUGCUUCAGCAAGUACGGCAACGAGAACCAGGACAUCAAGUCGGUCUUCCCGGUGGACUACUCAUCAUGCGACAACGGUGGCUGCAAGGAGAUGCGCUUCUACUGGUUGGCGUUCCAGGGUGUCGAUGGCAAGACCGUGUGGCAAUCCUACAAGGACUGCAUUCCUCUCAAGGGAUCGGGAGGCGGAGGUUCGUCGACGUCGCGGACCCAGUCCUCGUCAACGGGUGAUGUUUCCCAGACAACGUCAAGUGGUGACUCGAACAGCCCCUCGAGCGGCGACUCCAACAGCCCGUCCAGCGGUGACUCUAACAGCCCUUCGAGUGGCGAAUCGGCUACCCCGGCGCCGGAUUCGAACGACUCCCCCACGACUCAGGGCUCGUCCGCGGAGACCCCCGAGGUCACCCCGGCACCUUCGUCCAAGUGCAACGGCCGCAAGCGUCGCGACUAA